GAAACCACACACCGCAUUGAAAUGUGCACACGAUGGUAAAAACUCGACACAUGAGUCACGGAACUUUAAAUUUACACGUCACCGACAAUGACCGAUGAGUUUUUGGCAAGUGGUUUUUCUUUCAUUUACAAAGUGACCAGCAUUUCAUUAAACACCUCGGGGACAACUGAACAAGACUAGCACAGUCAUGUUGUCUGGCAGUACCAAUCUUGGCAGGGUGGACUCCACAUCAAGACUGGCGCCCUACAUCAUCUUGCUGGUCAUCACCAAAUGCCUGAGGUCACUGGGCCUAUUUCUUGCCUACGAUGUGCUCAAGGUCGUACAUCUCAUCAUCUUUGUGUUCCUUAUCAAAGCAGGGUCUGCUGCAUUGUUACUGCCUAUUCAAAGACCGUUUUCAUCAGGAAAAAGACUGACCAAACGACAGUGGAUACGUGUUUUCCGCCAUGCGUUCUUCGGUGCCUUGAUCACACUACUGUGGAUAUUUGGAUUGACGCUGUGUGGAACAGUCAGGACUAUUCUCCUGUUUGAGCACAGUGAUGUCGUGGUGUCGGCAGCAGUUGCUGCCCUCUUCACUGGAAGAGGAGGGGGACCCUCAAGGACAAGAGGGGCUGUAGUGUUCCUGACAGCAAUUCUGUCCCUACUGCUGUUUGAUGUCGACCUAAAACUUACCCAAGUGGAGCACCCCGAGGGUCACCACAACAGUGCAAUAACACACAUCUUCUAUCAGUCCAUCUCAUGGCUAGGGGUAUCAGACCACAGGGGAGGUGUUCUACUGCUUGUGCUCAUGCUGUGCAUCAACGUAGCCUACAAGAACACAUCCAGGAAGCUGUCAGUAGACAUCGGUGGUUCCAAGCGACUGCACGCUUACUCCACCCUACUGCAAGCCAUCAUGCUGCUGCCAUGGGCUCUCUUCCACAUGUUCAUCCAUGAUAGUCUAGUCCUGUCCUGGUGGACCCUCCUCUUCCCCUUAGCAGCCAUCGUCCUGAUUGUCUUCAUUCUGGACUACUACGUGGACUCUGUCUCAACCAACCGCCUCGACGUCUUCAAGACCAGCCGCUACGGGGCCUAUGCCAUCUUCACCAGCGCGUUGCUCCUGGCCUACUACUGGAGUUCCGAGGGCCCGGGGGCCGAUGGCAUCCUCGGCAAGAUGGGCAAAGGUGGAUUGAUGGAGCAUGGGCUGUCUGGAGGGGUGGUGUUCAGUGGACUACUGUUUAUUUUGGCAACAAGAAUUUUGGGCUUCCCCAUCCCAAAGCAAAACACCAAAGGCAGCCUGGUAGGCUACACCGCAGGGGGGCUCCCCCUAUACAACUUCACGGGGGACGCCCUACACAGAACGUCGCAGUCCAUCAUGACCAUAUCCAAGAACAUUCUGAGACAGAUUUUAGAGGAGUACGACUCGCGGCAGAUCUUCUACUACCUCUGUAUCAAUUUGGCUUUCACCUUUAUUGAGCUAGCCUACGGUGCCUGGACCAACAGCCUAGGCCUGAUCUCAGACGGAUUCCAUAUGCUGUUUGACUGCACAGCGUUGGUUGUUGGUCUGUCGGCAGCGGUCAUGUCAAGAUGGAAGGCAACUAGGAUCUUCUCAUACGGGUUUGGGCGAGUAGAGGUGCUAUCAGGCUUCGUCAAUGGUCUCUUUCUGGUUGUCAUUGCGUGUUUCGUCUUCAUAGCAGCCAUUGGUAGGUUGCUUGACCCGCCUGAAAUAAACACUGAGAAAUUACUGACCGUCUCCAUAGCCGGUUUGCUGGUCAACAUGAUCGGCAUCUUUGCAUUCAGCCAUGCUCACAGUCAUGCCCACGGAGGGGGCGGAGCCUGUAGCCAGUCACACGGGGGCGGGGGACAUGCCCCUUCCGGUAGUCAUCAUGGACACAGCCAUAACAGCUCGAGCCAUAGUCACAGUCAUAGCCAUGACUCCAGAGCACCUGCUAAGAAAACCACCAACUCCAAUAUGCAAGGCGUCUUCCUUCAUGUUCUGGCGGACACCCUCGGCAGUGUCGGAGUCAUCGUCUCCUCCUUCCUGAUUGGUCAGUUUGGUCUCCUGGUUGCAGACCCCAUCUGUUCCAUCUUCAUCGCCGUUAUGAUCUUCCUGAGCGUGCUGCCGCUGCUGGGACAGACGGCAGCCAUUUUGGUUCAGCGGAUCCCACCGGAGCUGGAGAACAGCAUAGCUGAUGGCCUCAAGAAGGUCAAACUAUUGGAUGAGGUUCUGUCCUACAGGGAGCACCAUUUCUGGUGCCAUUCUGCCGAAAACUUUGCAGGAACACUCCACGUGCAAGUCACAGCCCAAGCUAACGAGCAGAAAGUGAUACAGCAGGUUUCAGCCAUCUUUAAAGAGUGUGGCAUCCAGAACUUCAGCGUGCAGGUAGAGAAGGAGGCUUACUACCAGCACAUGUCUGGCCUGAGCGUAACCUUUGACCAGAUGGUGGAAAUGACCCAACAGCUGAACGCUAUUGGUCAACAGGAUGAUGGACUCUAUGAUAUCAAAGCUGUCUGAGACCCUGGGGCAUCACUAGAGGGGGUAUGGAGGGUUGACCUAUGCCCUUUGACCAGAUGGUGGAAAUGACCCAACAGCUGAACACUAUUGGUCAGCAGGAUGACGGGCUGUACGAUAUCAAAGCUGUCUGAGACCCUGGGGCAUCACUAGAGGGGGUAUGGAGGGUUGACCUAUGCCCUUUGACCAGAUGGUGGAAAUGACCCAACAGCUGAACGCUAUUGGUCAACAGGAUGAUGGACUCUAUGAUAUCAAAGCUGUCUGAGACCCUGGGGCAUCACUAGAGGGGGUAUGGAGGGUUGACCUAUGCCCUUUGACCAGAUGGUGGAAAUGACCCAACAGCUGAACGCUAUUGGUCAACAGGAUGAUGGACUCUAUGAUAUCAAAGCUGUCUGAGACCCUGGGGCAUCACUAGAGGGGGUAUGGAGGGUUGACCUAUGCCCUUUGACCAGAUGGUGGAAAUGACCCAACAGCUGAACGCUAUUGGUCAACAGGAUGAUGGACUCUAUGAUAUCAAAGCUGUCUGAGACCCUGGGGGAAUCACUAGAGGGGGUUUGGGUGUGUGACCUGUCAUCCUUGACUUUUGACCUGAUGGUGGAGAUUACCCAACAGCUGAAUUUGGUAAAAUCAUGCACCUUUGGCAAAGAGGCCAUCCAGAGCAGUUCCACCUUUUGUCGGAUGAUGUCCGGUUAAAUUAUGUUGUCCGUUGCAGUCUCUUGGCAAUUGUAAGGUUACAUCCUCCCCUUGCGAAUUGGUCUGACAGUGCUUGUGAUGCAGAGCUUUGCAAACAAAAUUUCUAACACCCCCUCCAAGCCAUCCAAUAUUAUAUAAUUAUUAUUACUAUAAUUGUUAUUUGUUUUGUUGGCGGUGUCAGAGGGGGAGGGGGGUUGUGUUUCAACCCCCCCCCCCCCUUUGAUCCGCACCUGCCUUUGAUUCAUGGUAGCAGGUCUGUCAUGAAACACAUUUCAGAUAGGGAGGGAAGAGAAUGAACCACUUACAAGGCAUACAGCAUCACUUGCACCUAUCCCCAAAGUAACCCACCGAAUUAUUAUCAAAAAGCUUACUUGGGUUAAAGAUGGUACCGGUACUAAGCACACCGUGACAUUGUUCCGUCUGGCGUGUUGUCAUUAAGAAGAAAUCAAGAAACGUAGGUGAUCUCCAACGAUCGGUCAAUUGACUGAUAUUUGGAAAUACAUGUAGAGAGAGUUAUAGACGAAAUCAAGUUUCGUGUUCAAAAGGUUUUGCAUGGUUGUGUUUGUUUUUUCACGUCUUUUCUUGCGAAGUGUAGUAUCGACUGAUCUGGAACUUAGGUACUGAACAUUCUUCGGAGGAUUAUGAGUUGUGUUUUUAUUGUAAAAGAACAAAAUGCAUGAAAAGUAAAUGAUCCUAUAUGCCUUUAAGUCUUGGUGUUUUUGUGGGAUAGGUUUGCAAAGUUACGUCUUUGUGUAAAUACUGUAUAUUUAUCUGCGUUUGCAGAAGUAAAAUAAAGUUAAUGUCUUUAAAAAGAAAUCAA